UAGCAACGUACGACCUUACUUCAUUAAGAAAAUUUUUUCGUUUUGAUCCGAAACUUAAUUCAUAUCAAUAAGAAUACGAGCAAAUCAUAUACUUAACUGUUUUAACUUUUAAUAAUAUAAUCCUUGUUUUAUUUUCAUCUUUGUUAUUUUCUCUAAAAUGUUCAUUGUAUUUUCUUGUUAGUUAUUAUUAUAAGGUUACCUGGGAGAAAUCGCUUAGUAGGCGAUAAGGCUGCCUGUUGCAAUACUAUGGAUAAAUAAAAAAUGGACCAAAAAGAACCAAGAAACCAAAAAGGUCCUGUACUGUACCUAAGUAUGAUGUUUAUUAUUAUCAGUCUUAUAAUUGAAACUAUUUGUACUUCGGUCCCAUGAAAAAAUAUAAUAUACAGUUUUACUUUAAUCCAAAAACAUCCUAUUCUCAAUAUUAUGUAUACGGUAAAACUUACGUAUAUUUCGCUGUCAAAGUAUUUUCAUAAUAUACGGACGUUUUCUAUAAUUUUGUUAUACUUAUGUUAUUUAUGAUAAAAAUCGAUAAGACUUGUUUUUUGUGAAUUUUUUGUGAUUAUCUCUUUUAGUCUUCCUUCAGAUUCGCGAUGUAUAGGAUAACAUUAUUGACUUUUUUGAUAACUGCCCAACAUUCAAAUGGGGCAAGGAUUCUUGGAGUGUUCCCCACGGCAUCUAUAAGUCAUCAAGUAGUGUUUCGACCUUUGACUCAAGAAUUGGCUCGAAUUGGCCACGAAGUCACUGUUAUUACAACAGACCCAGCAUUUAAUGACCACAAUCGGCCAGCAAAUUUGACGGAAAUAGAUGUGCACGACGUUUCAUACAAUCUGUGGCUACAAAUAAUGAAAGAAAACCGUAUGGAAUUUGGUGAUAAAGCUGGCAUAUUCAAAGGAGCAGAAAAAAUGGCAACAUUAAUUGGUAAAAUCGUAGAAGAACAAUUAAAGACUGAUGGAGUACAAACACUCAUUAAAGAUAAAACUAAAAAAUAUGAUUUAAUUAUUAUUGAAGCUUGUGCAAGACCAGCUAUUAUGUUCUCGCAUUUAUACAAAGCACCGGUUAUCGCAAUGAGUUCCUUCGGAAUGGCUUUUGGAGGCGAAGAUCUGGUUGGAGCACCUUCUCAUCCUAUUCUGUAUCCAAACAUGGUGCAUCAAAGAUUACACAAUUUGACGUUUUGGGAGAAAUUUAAUGAAUUCUAUAAGCAUUAUGGGAUCCUUAAUUUGUGGGAAUCAACUGAAAAUAAGGAAUUCAAUUUGUUAAGGAAAUACUUUGGUGGCGAUGAUGUACCCUCAUAUAAAGAACUAAAUAAAAAUGUGGAUAUGUUGUUUCACAAGUAA